AUGCGUGGUGAGAGCGAGGGGCGAGAUUCCGCGCCCUCAGCUCCCGAGUCUGCGGGCAAAGCACCCAUGAACGCCCCCGAAACCCCAGAAACUAAAGGGUCCGAGAUGCCUCCCGACAACAUCACCACCGAUGUCGCCGAAUCCCAGGAAUCCAAGCCAAGCGCGCCUUCUGAUCCUGCCUCUUCAUCCGCCGCGGCCGCACCCGCUGUAACCUCUACGGAUACUGUGGAACCUGCCGACGAACCCAAGAAACGUCGUCUUUUGAUCCCAACGCCGUCGCGACUCUCCAAGACGGACAAACAAUCGACAUCGGACCGUGCCGAUGAGGCUGCGCCGGACGAGCAGUCUCGACGAAGCUCCAAGAUUAGUAUCUUGAAAGCGAGGAGAGACCGCAGUCGGGCGAGUAGCCGCCGAUCGCGACAGACUCAGGAAGUAGCGAACGCCGAGAAGAGCAAUGAGACAAACACCCCAACCACCCCCGACAUGAACGGCCCUUCAAAGCCUCAGCCGAAAAAGAUCUCUAAGCUUCGCAGCCUCCUUUGCUGCUCAUCUCCUGAUGCCGAGGGGGAUGACUCGGCUCUCCCUCCGAAGAAAACUACCAAGUUACCGCCUACUUCAAACCGCCUGCCCACCCCCGACAAAGCAGAAGCCCAAACCGGUGACUCGAGCACGGUGGAGUCUAGAGAUCCUGCAUAUGCCGUGGACGAGAAGGCCCAGCCCAUUGUCGGCGCCGAUCAAUCUCAGCCCAAGGACGAAGACCAAGGCUCGCACGCUCCUGCCGAUGCGCAAGGCGAGGGCACUUCCACCACUGCCGGACAAUCUGAGCCAGCUCCAGUGAGCACAAAGGAGCAAGAGAGUACCACCGCGACCCCGAAUGGAGUAAUAACCGAGGUGAAAACGAAUGGAGUUCACCCACAAGACGAACCGGCCACCGGUGAUGAGGCCCUCCCCGCGGACGAAUCGAUUGACAAGAAAGCACCCGUUGGCGAAGGUGAAGACUCAACACACGAGGAAGAUGUGCAACCCGCGACAGUCCUGCCCCCGCCACCCCCUUUGCCGCAAUGGUUACUUCCGCCGCCUGUGCCGCACCUGCAGAACCGCAAAUGCCUCGUCCUGGAUCUCGAUGAAACACUCGUACACAGCAGUUUCAAGGUCCUUGAACGUGCGGAUUUCACAAUUCCAGUGGAGAUCGAGGGACAAUACCACAACAUCUAUGUGAUUAAGCGCCCCGGUGUGGACCAGUUCAUGAAGCGAGUUGGUGAGCUAUAUGAGGUUGUAGUGUUUACUGCAUCAGUUUCCAAGUAUGGUGAUCCUCUCUUGGAUCAAUUGGACAUUCACAACGUCGUUCACCACCGUCUGUUCCGCGAGAGCUGUUAUAAUCAUCAGGGAAACUAUGUUAAGGAUCUUUCUCAAGUCGGCCGCGACCUUCGCGAAACGAUCAUCAUUGACAACUCCCCCACCUCCUACAUUUUCCACCCUCAACACGCGAUACCCAUCAGCAGCUGGUUCUCUGACGCACAUGACAACGAAUUGCUUGACCUGAUUCCCGUUCUCGAGGAUCUUGCUGGACAACAAGUCCAAGAUGUCAGCAUGGUCUUGGACAUCACCCUGUGA